ACUCUUACGUCAUCUCCAGUGCGACGCAAGACGUCACCGACUUGAAUAGGAAGGUCAAUCGGAAGGCUGCGGAACGGCGCGCACGGCUACGCCUAGUGCAGUUGGCGCCUGCGCGGGGUCUGGGUUGAGCCGUGCGAAUCGCCGGUCCCGGAGUCCCGCGACCUGAGCUCCGCUCCAACGUAGGCAUGAUGUGUGGGAUGGGUGGUCGGUGGCAGCGGUUGCUACCUACCCUACAGCUGCGGACUAGGGGCCUGCCUCUUCUGCCAUCCCUCAGGAACGGCGCCAACCCCCCAGCUCUCCCAAUGUGGGCGGUGGCGUCAGUUUCUGCAGUUUCCCCCGACGGUGCGGGCGGCUGGUACGAGGCCCUGGCCGCGUCCGCGCCGGUGCGGGCCGCUGAGGAAGUGCUGCUCUGCGCGCACGCCGCCACAGGCCUUCCCUGGUGGGGCAGCAUUUUGCUCACCACCGUGGCCCUGCGCGGCGCGGUCACGCUGCCCCUGGCCGCUUACCAGCACUACAUCCUGGCCAAGGUGGAAAAUUUGCAACCAGAAAUAAAAAACAUUGCCAAGCAUCUUAAUCAUGAAGUUGCAGUUUAUGCAAAUCAGUUGGGAUGGUCCAAGAGAGUUACCAGGCUCACUUAUCUAAAGAAUAUGAGGAGGCUUGUUUCAGAGCUGUAUGUUCGGGACAACUGCCACCCUUUCAAAGCCACUGUGUUGGUCUGGAUUCAGCUUCCAAUGUGGAUCUUCAUAUCUGUUGCCCUCCGGAAUUUUAGCACAGAGGGAGCACAUUCAGAAGCAGGUUUUUCUGUUCAGGAACAAUUAGCUACUGGUGGGAUCCUCUGGUUUCCUGAUCUCACUGUGCUGGAUUCUACUUGGAUUCUUCCUGUCUCCCUCGGUGUCACCAAUUUAUUAAUAGUGGAGAUUUUUGCUCUACAGAAAAUUGGAAUGUCUCGUUUUCAGACGUAUAUUAUAUACUUUGUCCGUGCUCUAUCAGUAUUGAUGAUUCCAGUUGCUGCAACAGUACCUUCUUCAAUUGUUCUCUACUGGCUGUGCUCCAGCUUCAUGGGCCUUUCACAGAACUUGCUGCUGCGUUCUCCUAGAUUUCGCCAAUUUUGCCGAAUACCGUUGACCAAGUCCAAUUCAGAUACUCCGUAUAAAGACCUCUUUGCUGCCUUCUAUGCCAAGUUCAUUUCAAGAAAAUGACAUAUUUUCCAAUAAUUUUGAAAUGAUUGUAUCAUUAUGACUUUAAUGUAUUAAGUUUAAAUAUUUAGGUAUUAUUUAAUUUGCCUUUAUAUAAAAAUCAUGAACUCUCUGAAAAUGUAUGGGUUAAGCUAUAAUCCAGAUACAUUUGACAAUAAUUAAAAUCUUUGAAGUACUAGAAAUGUAGUAUGCUUAAUUGUGAAAGAGUAUGAGAAUGAAAUCUGUCCCCGUUCAUAAAAUUACAACUUGUUAGAGGUGUUUAGAGAAUGGGAUCCGAUAACGAAUGAUGU